AUGGACACGAGGUUUGUGAACUGCACAAGAUGCGAAUUAUGCGCCACAGCGGCAGCCAUUUACAAUUCUCCUUUUGUGCAGUUUUCGCUGCUUUUCCGGUUGCUCUUUGCUCCUUUGGCAGCCAUGGGCAUCGGACUUCUGAUGGUGGCCAUCUACAAAGCCAAGGCCCUUCACUGCAAUGCACGAAGAUUACUUGUCUUCAUGACCCUAUCUACCUUGUUUUGCAACAUGGGUCAGUUGAAAUAUUUUUUAAACGAAAAAAACAUCUUUUUUUCGCUCUUCUAAGAACUUUUUGCAGGCGUCUUAGCCGAAACUUUAUACAAAUUCUUCAUAUCUUAUGUUAUGCCUGAAGAUACUCGAUGCGACUAUCAAGUCUUCAAACCUCAAUAUCUAAGCGGUAUCUUUUUUGUGAUCUUUGUUUUGACCAUUGAGCUUCAGCAAUUCGUAACUUCUACAGUGUUGGUGGAAUGGGCCUUGUUCUUUCGACAGGCACUUUGGCUAUAGAAAGAACGGUAGCUACCGUUUUCUACCGCACUUAUGAGAAACGAGAUGAAUACCCAAUAUUAGGGUUCAUGCUGCUAUUCAUCGAGGUUUGUUUCUCCUUUGCUAAGACUUCUUUUGAAACUAAUCUUGACCAAGGAUUUGGGGAAUUGAAUAAAAUCAACUCUCAGAAGAGGUUUUUCUAGAGUGGAGUUUGCAUUGCUCAAAAAACUUUUUCAAACGAUUUUUAUGUCUAGAAGAAGCACUCUGACAAUUUCCAAGCUUGCGUGAGUUUUUCUUUUACGAAUGCAAGAAUUUUCCAAUUAAAUUUGUUGGUUGUGAUGGCGCUUAGAUUGAAGAUCGAUGUGAAGAUCAAAAAGAAUAUAAGGAUUCCGUUGAAAUAAAGCUUUUAUUUUCAAGAAAGCAUUUUCAGUUUUUGUUCUGCGUACUUCCUGUUCUGAUGAUCACGACACCUAAACAAGUUUAUCCUUAUAACCCUCCAGAGGUAAUUUAUAUUAUCAAACCAAUCAGUACAUUUCCUUCAUUUUCAGCUCACCGAUUCUCGGUCUACGCUAUUCGCUUCAGGAGCUAUUUUGAUUGUUAAUUUCCUUUCUCUGCUUGUGUUUCUCACUUUGUGGAUCAUCAACCGUUACAGAGCUGUAAGUUUUUUUUCUUUAUUUUGAACUUUCUCGCUCUGAAAAAUGAAGAGUGAACAUUAUACGUUAGUUUCUUGCAGAGAAUUCUGGUGGACGAGCAAUUCCGCGUUCUGUCUACCCGCUACCAAUUGCGGGAAAACAUUUCAACAACGCGAUUGAUGGUGAGUCUUUUCUUAAACAGUUUUUAGGAAAAAAAAAAAGUGGGGAAAUUUUCCAAUCAGAGUCAGAAUCAUAAAUAAUUUUUGACAGGCAGAAAAAAAAACUUUGAUUGAUAGGAAAAGGAAGUGGCAUGGAAUAACUUGCAAAUUGACUAUUUCCGAGAGACGCACUCGCAUACGCGGGAGUCUAAUAAAGUUAAUUCAUCGCUUUGCGGGUAUGAAAAAAAAGAUAUUUCGAAUUAACAGCGGAACAUGUUCGAAAAAGAUUUUUUGGGGUGAUGAAAGUAUAAAUUAUGGAAAACUUGUUUUUUGCUUCGAAUUGAGAAUGUCUAUGAGAGAUUAAAAGUUCCUCAACGAGGAACCAGAAUUGACCGAAAGUUCGUACUAAUUUUCUACCGCUCUAGGUUCCUGUCAUGGCGAUCGUCGCGCUGGUGACAACAUCAGCAGAAAUAGUAAGUUCAUGGCAUGCAGCCCAUCAAUCACGCGGCCGUUCGGCCUCUGUUUGUCCGUUUCGCCUGCACGGCACGGAGACGUUCGCAAAUCAUCUGACUCCUUUUUUAAAAUGGUUCCAGUAUUUUUGGAGACCAAUCAAAAAUAUGAAUAUCAAAAAAAGUUGCAUGGGCUAAUAAUUUUGCUUGCAAGUUAGAUAGCCAGAACAUAGCUUUCUAUUUUCAAAUUUUCGUCAAAGUGGGGCUCUUUAUAAGUUGUUCAAAAACGGAAAUGUAGCCCAAAAGCUCAUAAAAUAAUAUCACUGGCUAAUUGCUUGCCAAACAUUGAGCAUGAAAACAAUUGGAUACCGUUCAGGUCAUUAUGAACUGCUUUCAUUCCAACUUGAAUAUUUUCAUGAGAGAAAAGUAUAUUUUGAGGAAAAACUUAUUUUUAGAUCUACAUGAUGUACAUGCCAGUAUACGAUGGGAACACAGUCGUGACACAUCGAGUACUUCAGGAAUUGAUGGAUUACGCUCCUUUUGCCGAAUACCAGGUAUUUUGGCCCGGUCUCGGCCAUUUUCUCUUUUUUUCAAUGGUGACGCUAGCUGUGAUUUUUGAUUGCCUAGAUCAAGGCAACUUGAAAGGAAAAGACUCGAUUAUGAAGAGAGAAAACUUUUUUUGCAGAUGUCCUUGAUGCCAGUACUAACGAUAGCGAUGGUCGUGUGUCUUCCAAUGUUUUCGACUCAUUUGAAGCGGGCUUUUCUCACAGUUUCUCACUUGUCUCUGUGCAUCCCUGACAAUUAUACGGUAGCUGACACGGUUACUGUAGACCAAGCGCGAGAAAUUUAUUUCGAACGGCUCAAUGGCCAAUGGAAAGAAAAGCCGAGAAAUGAGGUGGCACCAAAAAACGUCGGUUAUUCCAUGUCAGUUUUUUAA